AUGGCUUCUUCCCUCAUCAUCGGACUUCCUAAGGUCUAUGCCAAUCGUGGUCGCAAGUGUGUGCCUCCAACCAAUGACUUCCUACUUGGCACCUGGCAUGUCACGCACUCGAGCCUGCCGCUUUGGAAGGGCAAGUGCAAUGUCAACAUCACUUACCAAUUGCUUCCCCCAGAUCCCUCCGGCGUGGUGAGAAUUGAUGAUCUGGUACAAUAUCAAGCCAUCGGAUCAAAGAAGGUCAAGUCGGUUCAUGGCGUGGACACCCCGACCCCGGGGAACCAAGGGGCCUGGGACUGGCGCGGUAAAGGUUGGCUGAUGAUCGCGAGCUCACACUGGGAAUGCCUCGGCUUUGGCCAGGCCGUGGAAGAAGACAAUCAAUGGAUGGUCACAUACUUCGCUAAAACCCUCUUCACCCCGGCUGGCAUUGACAUCUACUCUCGCAAGAAGGAGGGACUUCCCUCGGCCAUGGUCGACGAAAUUCUUCAAUGCCUCCAUGGUCUUGGUGUUGAGGAGAUCACCGAGCUCGCCCGUGUGAUCUUCCCAAUCCCACAAAUGUAG